UUUGGCUGAUCCAUUUGUGGUUUCAGUGUGGGUGAAAACAGAGUUGGUUGCUGUGGAAUCGGUGAGGGUAACCAGAAGUGGUCUGUUGAUAAUUGUUUGUGUUUCUGCUGGUCAGAGGGAGCAAGCGCUCAGUGUUAAAUUAAUGGGGACAAGAGAUGUGAAUUGUUCUGCUCUCAAUAAAAGGGCUCAAUUGAAAGGAGUGAUUACUGAAGUAGCGGUAAAUGUGAAAGUUGACCAACUGAAGGGGAAGUUUCCCGGUGUUUGUGAUUCUAGUUGUUUGGAGCGACGCAGACCGGGUGGUGAAACAGUAGAGCUGUUGUCUGUCUGUUCUUUUGAGUUUUGAUGUUGAGUCUUUGCCCGACAAAGUGAUGUUAGUAUAUAUGUUAUCCAGUACGAGCUUUUGUGCCGAAAUCCAUUACAUUGUUACAGGUGUCAAGCUUAUGGGUAUGUGGCAGCAGUGUGUAGGAGGGAGGUUCCUAGGUGUGAGAAUUAUGCAGAAUGACAUGAGAAAGGAAUGUGUAGCAUUGGGGAAAGUAGUGGUAUGUGUUAAUUGUAGGGGUGCCCAUGGGACUGGGGAUCAGAAAUGUCUGCUGUGAGAAAGGCAGAUUGAGGUUUCUAGGGUUAGAGUAGUGUAGAAGUUGUCAUAUGCUGAGGCAGUGAAGAAAGUAGAGGAAGAUGGGGUCAAAGGGGAUGGAUCCUGAGAGGAGUAGUGUUACUAGUAGAUCUGUACCAGUACAGAGGGAUAGACCAAUACGUGAUAUAUGCUUCAGUAAGAUUGCAUUUUUAGCUUUUAUUGUAAUGGUUAUCAACUGUACUGGAGGGAUGGAACGUAAGUCGCAGAAAAGUAAGGUUGUGGUGGCACAGGCAGAGAGGUAUUUGGGUGUACCAGACUUGACGUCAGAAGAGUUACGGGGUGUGUUGAGUGGGGGUGUCCAGUCCUUUCAGACUGUUGGCCUGAGGUAGGACUAGAUAGAUUUAAAUAGUGGAGUAGGGUGAUGGAUUUUCUUGUGUUUGGUUAGAUGGUAACGGUAUUUGUAAGUUUAUUUUUUAUUUUCAAGCAAUGUUUAGUGGAGUUAUACUCCAUUCUAGUAGGUGGCGGUAAUGCAACAUUUAUUGGAUGCCAACCUCCGUUAAACCUCAUCAAAGAAUACGUAUUCAUGUUAUUUACGAUGAGCAGUUCCCCACAUUUGGGGGAAUUAUGCGUUUUAAACAGGGGGUUAAGGGUGUAAUCAUUAGUCCAAACUGUUGCAAAACGAAACGAGAGUUUCUAUUGGACAAAUUAUGGUAGGUCCCGCCCACUUCGUUCCGUUUGCUUCCGGUACGAACAAAAACUGCACUGACAUUAUCCUUAUGACAUUACUCGCAAUAAUACAGCUUCGUUAUUUGUUACGUGGCAUCUGAUUUGUUGCAGAAUACAAACUCCUCCAUUUGGGUUUUCUAUACAUCUUCUAAAUUGUAUCGAAAUGAUUUGAGCUAUUUUCAAAUGUAUUUUAAAAGCAACUUCAGUUAUAACUCAUUCAUACAUGAAGCUCUAGCUGUAAUUAUAGAUUAUGAGGCAUACUGCAUGCAUGAUUUCAUUGCAACUGCUGUAUAGUGUGAUGUCUGAUGGUGAUAGUAAAGUGUAAAUACACGAUAUUUUACACAAUUGACUGAUUAUAGAUUACCUCAAUAUAGGUUAUUGAAAUGUCAUUCACAGACUUUGGUCCGCAACCUGUCUGUCCACAGCUAAAUCCACAAUAAACGACAAAGUAGUGCUGUUGCUUCUGAUUGGGUUAUUUAAUAAACAUUUGACGCGAGAGAUGGCGCAUACGGAAGGACUGGAAAAUGCCAUGGGAGAGUGUUCAGGAAAACAGGGGUCGACUCUUGGCCUGAGAAGUCGACCAUGCUCCAGCGAAAGAGAUGGCCAGGUCCGCGUUGUUAAAGCCUCGCUUCAGAAGAGACUCGGACCUUACGAGCCGAUGUUGACCUACCUACAGUCCGUUCUGGUGUGGGAAAGGCCGUUUCAGAGUGUGCUACUGUACACAGUGGUUAACGUUGUGUUCUGGUUCUUUGCCCUGACCUCGCUGCGCCUGCUCUUCCUGCUGUCCUCUGGCCUGCUUGUUUUCAUCUGCGUUGACAGCUGGAGGAACAAGAUCUGGCCUGAGAUCAGAGUGUCAUACUGCCCUUGGUGUGAAUACCCUGCUGGCCCUGUUAGAAAACCUGAUGAGUCUGAAAAUGAAAGCUGGGGCCUGGUGCAGCCAGGGGUGCUCAGUGUUCCAGAGCUGUGUCACCACAUUGCUGAGGUCUGGGUCUCUGGGCUGGCCUUCACAUCCAGCCUGGUGCAGUUCAAACGCCACAACCCUGGCAAGUUCUGCCUCCUGACCUGUGCCCUCUUGACCUGUCUGGUCAUGGUUGGACGGUACAUUCCUGGACUGGUGCUCUCUUACUCUGCAGUGCUGGCUGUUCUGCUGUGCCCCCUAGCAGCAUACCACCGAGUCUGGCAGCGUGUGUGCGUGAAGCUGGAGCCGGCCCUGCAGUGGCUGGACUUCAGCGUUCGCGGGUAUAUGACGUCAAAGCCCAUCGACAACCAGUUCCUCCGCAAGCCAAUUCGGGGUGCAGCAUCCGGUGAUGCCAGUGACAGUGAGGAGGAGCUUGCUGCAUUCUGCCCGACGUUUGACGAUGCUAUAGUGGCCAAAGAACUUGCGAUGACUGACUCUGAGCACUCUGACGCUGAGGUCUCGUACACAGACAAUGGGACCUUUAAUCUGUCCCGUGGCCAGACUCCUCUCACAGAGGGCUCAGAAGAUUUUGAUAGACACAGUGACAAUGAGGAGUCGUUUGCACGAGACCUCAAUGACUUCCCCUCCAUCAACCCAGAUGCCACCCUGAUGGACGACGACGACGACUCAUGCAUCGGGCUGCCCAGCCUGGGUCUUCGGUCUGGGCGGACUGGCCCCCGAACCACGGCCGAGCUGCUGGAUGUGGAAUCCCACCUGGACUCUGACCAGGACGACGAGGAGCUCUCCUUCAGCGGCCUCCCCACUGCUUCUGACUUCCUCGGAGGUGACCUGGCUGGAAUCAUCGCUAGCAACAUGAUUCAGGCGGCAUUGGCUGGUGCCAUGCAGCCUCGUCCCCCUGCCGCCCGCAGAGAGAGGGUGGGGCCCACCAGAGCAGGGGCCCAUAGGGGCUACCGCAAGCAGUCUAGCUCGGAGCUGGACACGGACUUGGUCGGAGAGGACUUUGAGAUGCUGGACCAGUCGGAGCUGAACCAGAUGGAUUCCUUUGGGGGUGCAGGAGGACGGGGAGGAGGGCAGGGUGGGGGACAGGAGUCCAGCUUCCUCUCCAACCUACUGGGGAAACCACAUUGAGGCUCCUCUGCCUGUGCAUAACAAUCAAACUAAGUCUUUGUGUGUGAUUGAGUGAUUGGAAUGUUUAUGGAUUGUUUUGACUGCGUGUAUGUGUGAGUCAUUUAAUCGUAGGAUCCAGCAGCCAGGCUCCCGAUUGGCCUCAGUUGAUAUCACUGUGAAGUACUUCUGAUUUCUAUCUCACUUUUCAAUUUCUUCCUUUAGUCUGUAGCUUGUAUGUGUAAGCCACCAUCAUCCAGAAAGUCUUCUUUUGCAGGCUGAGCAAUAGGAAACGCAAUGUAAAAAAAACUCCCAUCUGUUUUUGAAACAGCAUUACGGAACCACUUCUCUGUCCUGUCAUCCAGUAUGCCCUAGUGAGUAAUACGUUUUUUUUAAGUCGACCACUAGGUAGUAUACACAUUUCCUAAAAUGCUAGACACACAGGGCUAUUUAAUAUGGGACCAAGCAUGACAUUCCUGUUGAUUAGUGAAGUUUUACAACUGAAAUGACCUAGUUUUGAAUAGUUUUAGCAAUAGCUGACUGGUACUCUUUUUUUAGUAAAAACCACUGCUUUAAUUUUAAGACACUCAUUCUCUAUUAGAAACUAAGUAAAUAUGAAUGGGGAUAUUUUUUUAGAUCAUUCUUGAUUGAGACAUGAAUUUGUUUUGAGUCUGAAAUCAUUGUUUUAAAGAAAGGGGAUUGGUAUUUUAGUUAAAUGUGUUUUACUGUUUCCCCCCCGAAUGUUUCUUCCCACACCAUUGGUCCUGUUUUGUUUGCUGUACUUCUGGGUAGAUCUGUGAAUCUAGGGUUGCCUCAUGUGUUCUCCAUGUGUCUUGAAUGAGCAGUCAUGGGCUAUUUAGAUCUUUUUGUCUUUAUCAUCACAAUAAGUCACUUUAUCAAGUUAACCUGCUCCUUGUAUCCCUUCUCCCGUGGCAUUCCCAAUCCCUGACACCAUCUUCACUCAUUUUUGCCGAUCCUUCUCAGAGGAGAAUCUGUAGAAUAGACAUGCAUAUGUAAGAAGUACAGAAUAUAAGCCUUUUAGUUUAACCUCUAAACUCAUGCAUGAACCACAUUUUGUAAACGUCUUAAGAAAAUCAUCAGGAAAACAUGUUUACAUUGAUGGGUGAACAAAAUGCUGGUAUACAAAACUCAACCUGAUUAGCCUUUUUUUUAAAUGUGAAUAUGUAAAGGAAAAUAUGUAAUAUGCUUGUCUUUUAAAAACUAGGGUGCAGUAAAUGUUAGCCUAUUCUUUUUUUUUUGUGUGUGUGCAGGUCAGCAUGAUUUAACCUGCGAUGGGCAAACAAGCUCCUGCUGCUUUUGUCUUUUCAUGGAAACAAUCUAAUAAAUAGGAGUGAUUCUUCUUGGUCAAUGAAACUGAAAUGGCCCACAGAUGGGUUUUGCUGACGUAGCUGGAUCAAACAAUCAGAAAGAGACAAUGCUGGUUUAUAUAUAUAUAUAUAUAUAUGACAAAUUGCCCAAUAACGCUAUUUGUGUUGUAUAGAAAAUCAUGACUGUGGGAGAUUACCUACAAUAGAACUUCUAGAUUCCCUGUUCAUGGAGAUGUCCCAGAAAACAGAAUCUGUCUGAUCUGAAAAGGUUUGGGAUUUUAAUUAAAAAGAGUGAAUGUACAUGACUUGUUUUGGACCACUUUAGUUUAAAUAGGGGUUGUUGCGGUAUCGCUUCAUGAAGAUGGCCAGGCAAUUCUUCAUUAUUAGUAUUAUGUUCUAUAAAUUUGUUCGGUACAGUUUUUUUUCUCUCUCUCUGACAUUGGUUUUGAUGUGCAAAUCUUAUUAAAUAUGAAGUCUGGAUUAAA